AUGGCACAGACAUCCCAGAACAAGAAGGACUUGGCCCAGGCCAGGACAAAGACCAACUUUGAUAUCACCGACAUGACCAACUACCUCUACGGAGGCGCCGCGAACGUCGAGCAGCGUCGAUACAUCAUAGACCUCAUUGCUCGCGAGCCCAUUUUUAAUAAGGAGGACUGGCCCUGGUUGAACCAUACCGAUGCGGUCAAGCGCGGUAUUGCCAUGUCAACUCGUUUGGCCGAGAUCAAGAUGGAGCACGAACUGAACGACCUGGACUUUGCUAGCAUGGUCGAGGCCAUCGAUGACAGCCUCCCUAUUCUUCUCCAUCACGGAGCAUUCAUCCCGGUCAUCAACUCGCAGGGAAGCGAUGAACAAAUUGAAAAGUGGAUCCCUCUCGCCGAAAAGUACCAAAUUAUCGGAUGCUACGCCCAAACAGAGCUGGGUCACGGAUCCAACCUUUCCCAGCUCGAAACCACCGCCACUUUUGACCAGGAGACGGAUGAAUGGGAGAUCAACAGCACAACCUUCACGGCCGCAAAGUGGUGGAUCGGAGGUCUUGGCGCCAUCUGCACUCACGCUGUCGUCCAGGCCAAGCUGAUUAUUGCUGGCAAGGACUAUGGUGCUCAUGUCUUUGUGGUCCCCAUCCGCUCUUUGGACGACCAUAAGCCUUUUCCUGGCAUCCAAGUUGGAGAUAUUGGACCCAAGGCGUAUGGAGGCUUCAACAAGAUGGAAAACGGAUUUGCACGCUUCACUAAAUACCGAAUCCCUCGCGAGAACAUGCUGAUGCGAUUCUCUAAGGUCUCCAGGGACGGUGUCUACACCAAGCCCCCUCACGCCAAGCUCUCGUAUGGCUCAAUGGUGUUGUUGCGCUCGGUCCUUAUUCGCCAGAUGGCCCUGCACCUCUCACGUGCGACAACCAUAUCGACCCGCUACUUGACCGUCCGUCGCCAGUUCAACAACCCAACCAAGCGCAACGACGCCGAUAUCAACCCUGGUCUGGAGACCCAGGUCAUCAACUACCCAAUGGUUCAGAACCGUCUCUUCCCCAUGAUCGCCCAAUCCUACGCCCUCUUUGCUGCGGGAUCCGUCAUGAUGGAGAUGUACAUUGGGCUCAUGACUGGCCUCUCAUCGGGCAACAUCGAUGCCCUGGCCGAGGUCCAUGCUACAUCGUCCGCACUGAAGUCUUACUGCACCACCAUUGCUGCAGCUGGCGCUGAAGAAUGUCGCAAGUUGAUGGGUGGCCAUGGUUAUUCGUACUUUACCGGUCUGGCGCACAUGUUUGCCUCGAUUGUACCCUCUAACACCUACGAGGGCGACAACUACGUACUUACCCAGCAGAUGGCCCGCUAUUUGCUUAAGGAGGUCAAGACUGCUCGCACGACCCCCAGCAAGGUCACACCUUAUUCCAAGUACCUCCUCCUUGCCCUCAACAGAGACUCGUUCGCACACGCCAGAUGCGUGGUCACCAAGGCUGAGGACUGGCUCAACCCCGACAUCCAACUGACGGUCUUUGAACACCGCUGUGCUCGUCUGGCCACAGAGUUGAGCGAUGCUGUCGAUGCCGCUGGCGGCAUGGAGUCAACAACCUGGUCGGACCACAACAUCGAGUGCUAUCGCAUCUCACACGCUCACGCACAGUACGUCAUGGUCCUUUGGUUCAUCCAAUCCAUCCGUGAAGCCCGUAACCCCGAGGCAGACGAGGAACGUCGUGCUACCCCCGAGGCGAUCGCGAUCCUUGAGCGUCUCUCGAACCUCCAUGCCCUCCACACCAUCCAGACCAACCUUGCUGACUUCACCGAGGACGCCUACUUCAGCCCCGCCCAAUGUCAAUCCCUGCGUGCCCAAGUCAAGUCGUUGGUUGCCAGUAUUGCUGACCAGGCGGUGGGACUGGUCGAUGCGUUUGAUCAUCCGGACUUUUUGUUGGACUCGGCGUUAGGAGCCAGUGAUGGCGAUGCCUAUCAGCGUCUUUGGGACAAGGCUCAGACUGAGCCUCUGAACCGGCGCGAGGUGUGUGAUGGAUAUGAAGAGUAUAUCCGCCCCCUGUUGAAAAAGCAUGGCGAGUUGAAGCUUUGA